CAACUUUGUCCGGCUAUGAGAUAUGGAUUGGCUCAUACCCUUGAUAUCAUAUAUACAAGAUGAUACUGAUCCAGAUUUACCCCCCGCGACUCCCCCAACUUACAAAUUCGAGGGACCGUGGUUUCAAACUCAACUCAUCCUAUCAUUUGCAAUAGGAUCCACGUCCUUUCUUAUCUUUUCCUUUGGUCGUACAAGAUGGCCUAUUGCAUUUGCUCCACGAACGAAACUCAAAGGUUUUUCACCGCAUGAAGCCCAUUCACAGCAAUCAUUCUUCUCUUGGAUUCUACCUACCAUCAGGACUUCGGAGUUCACUAUUCUUCAGAUUGUUGGAUUGGAUGCGGCAGUGCUUCUGAAUUUUCUGAAGAUGUCAUUUCAACUCUUUUUUAUUUGCGGAACGUUGGCAACCUUGGUUGUAAUGCCGUUGAACUGGCGGUCCAACGGUGGUCUUGAUGGGGGAUCAGACGAUUCGGACUGGCCCUCUCUUAAUUCCGAUGAUAGUCCUUCGGAACCCUCUCCAGAAGGCGGUCGAAGCUGGUUGGACUUGUUGAACGACGCCAGCGCAGACACUCUGGUCUACUUGGUGUUUUCCUAUCUCUUCACUGGACUGGCACUAUAUUUCAUACAUCGAAAUUUUCAGCGCUUUAUCAGAGCCAGGCAGCUGUUCUCGCUCGAAUUGGUCCACUCCAUUGCCGCAAGGACUGUCAUGAUCACCAAGCUACCUCAUCACCUCCGAGGGGAGCGGACUCUGGCGAAUUAUUUCGAGGGCAUGAAUCUAACAGUGGAGAGUGUCUCGAUCUGCCGAGAAAUAUCUGCUAUCCGGAAACUUCUCGAGGAGCGAACCCGUGUCCUGUUACAAUUGGAAGCCAUGUGGGUCAAAUAUGUUGGCAAUCCUUCUACUGUUAGGCCUUUCGAUCCCUCGCAAAAUGUGCGAUCCGAUAAUGGGCCUAAUCCUCUCGUCGACCUUUCAGAGCCUGACGUCGAAGCACAGGCGAAUCGACUCGUCAUACCCCACGGUGCUCGACCAACCAUGAGGGCAAAGUGGUUCUCCAGGAAAGUGGACGCGCUGGAUUUUCUGGAGAAUCGUUUCAAGGAGCUGGAUGAACAGGUGAAGAAUCGUCGUCGUCAUGGCAUCUUCAAAGCGUCGGACACUGCAUUCGUAACAUUUCAGACGAUGUCUAGUGCUCAAAUCGCAGAACAGGUUGUACACGCUCCACAUCACGGGCAAUCGACAACCAUCACCGCUCCAGAACCGAGAGACGUUGUUUGGGCAAACAUGUCAUAUUCCAAUACCGCCCGGCGCAUUCGCGAACUGAUCGUUUUCGGGGCAAUGAUUAUUCUUCUCUUCUUUUGGAUCAUACCUGUGACAACACUAGCAACUCUGUUGAGUUACAAGGAGAUCCAGAAGUCUGCGCCUUGGCUCGGUCGGUUGAUUGAUCAGAGCCCGAGGUUCAGAGCGAUUGUGCAGAACUCUUUGCCAUCUGUUGCUGUGAUCAGUUUCAAUGCUCUUUUACCAAUGCUCUUGGAAGCCCUAUCCUAUGUUCAAGGAUUCAGGGCGCGGAGCUGGGUGGAGUACUCUCUAAUGAAAAAAUAUUUUCUCUUUCUUAUCAUCAAUGUCGUGUUCAUCUUCCUUUUCACAAGCACUUACUUCGCACUCUUCCGCGACCUCGCCGACUCACCCGCCAAGAUCCCAGAAAAGCUGGCGACGGCCUUAACUAAGGGAACAGCCAGACACUUCUUCCUGAGCUACGUUAUUUUACAAGGCCUCGGGGUCAUGCCUUUGCAACUCUUGAACCUUGGAGUUCUCAUCCCUCAGUUGAUAUAUCGUGCUUUCAUUUCACGCACACCCCGUGACUAUGCCGAACUAAACGCCCCGCCCAUGAUCAACUACGGCGCGGUUUAUCCACAAGCGAUUCUCAUAUUUAUCAUCACGCUCAUCUACAGCGUAUAUCAACCGAUGAUUCUGAUUUUCGGCAGCAUCUAUUUUGGUGUGUCGUAUGUAGUCUAUAAGUACAAGCUUCUUUUCGUAUUUUACAAGCCCUACGAGAGUCGAGGUCAAGCAUGGCCGAUCACAUACGUUCGUCUGGUCAUUGGGGUACUUUUGUUCCAGAUCUUCAUGACCGGCGUCUUCACGUUGCAAAAGUCGUUUGUGUUUUCAAGCCUCAUGGUGCCUCUCAUCAUGUAUACCUUGUACUGGUCCUGGUCGACCUUCCGAGAGUUCGAGCCAUUGAGUUCAUACGUGAGCCUGAGCUCAGUCUGCGAGGUUCAGCGAGGCGAACCUACGCAGGAUCUCCCAAAGCUUCUCGAAGGUGAUCGGGUAACACGCUCUCAGAGCAAUUUACACCGUCGAAGAUACGCCGAGAAUGACGAGACGCUCUAUGUUGCUCCGGCAGACAAUAGGACCGAUUAUUCGCAACCGCCUAUGAGUAAUUGGUACUAUGGUGUGCUGAACACUGGCAAGCGCCGCUAUGGACACCCUGCACUGACUGGAGUACUGCCGAGUCCGUGGCUUCCUAUCAAAAAGGGUCAAAGCCUUGCCAAUCACGUGGAUGGCACUGUAGCAACUUCAAAAUCGGGCGAUCCAUCCAAUGACGCAGUUGUGCUUACCCUGCGAAGGAAGUAUAGCGUGGUUCGAGGGGAUGCGAGACGAAAUUGGGCCGGUGUGCAGGGUGCAGAUGCCUCGGUGGAGUCUGCCGGACAGACAGAGCCACCCUCUGGAGAUGAAUCUGCAAAUCCUUGGCGUGAUGCAAGGCGGGUCGUGCCACAGCCGGUGGCCUGUACUUCUCACGCGACACGAAGACUCGAGUUUGACGAUGCGACGGGUGUGAUCAUCUUGCCUGAGGAUGGUGAUUGGCUUGAAGAUGCCGAAGAAUCCGACGAGGAAGAGAACUGGGCGGAAGAUGCGGCCCGAAGUCACUCUCCGGGUGAAAUCUCUGGUAAUCAGGGCGAGUCGGAAGAGGGUGUAGUGGGAGAGGGAAGUGUGCCUGCACUGAAGCGGCAUGGCACAUAUUUCCAUCGUCCUCCGUCGAGGUCGAUGAACCGUAUACCAGGCGCUUUCCCUCGUUGAUUCAUACCUGUAACAUAAUCCGAGAU